GAAAACCGACGUUGUCGGAGUUACGUUACGUUACUUUGUGUCGAUUUCUGCCUCAGGCUGUCAACAUAGCAUUCAAUCUGAAUACAGACUCCUCACCUGCGACCAGAUAUACUUAGUGGUGCUUUUCAAGCACCACUACGUCAUUUCGCCUUAUCUGCGCAGCGGCAAUCCAACUUGUCCCUCUGCCUCCAUUCGCCUGCCAACAACAUCUCGACAACUACGGAGUAUUAGCCAGAGAGAAAUGGAGUAGCUGCCAAUGCGAGGCGCAUGCUCCUGGAUCUAGCAUCCGGACAACAUAAUCUUGCUCAAACCAGCGCGCUUGAUACUGCUGUUUGCGCGCAAUGGAGAGCUCUGGCAAUGUGUUGCAUCCCCGAGAGGCUCCAGAAGAAACAGUCUCUGGUGAUCAAGGCUCAUCCAGAACCGCUUCAGUCUCCGAUCGUGGAAUUUCCAGACCAUCGCCAAAUCUAACGGUUGAAAGCUCAGAGCAGCUCCCUUCAGCGAUCGGUAAUGGCACAGCCACCGAGCAAUCGGAUACAAUCCCGCCAGAAGUUAGCGAGCAACAAAAAGUCUUCGAAUCCGCUACACCAACUGCAGCAUUCCCUCGAUCGCCGUAUAGUGUGCCCCUCUCCCCACGGGUUCACAUUAGUGACGAUGAUGGGGAAGACGAAGAUCCACGUGUUGCGACAUCCUUCGAACGUGAUGCAUGGUCAACAUCAGCACGGAAAGAUCCACGGGCGUAUCUCGAUCAUGACUGGGAAGACGGUUUCAGACGCAUACACAAGCUGUCAUUGUACGAGACCGCGACUCGAUUUUAUAUUGUUGGCACGGACAUGUCGGAUACGCAGUUCAGGAUUUUGAAGAUCGAUCGCACUUCGGAAGCUGACGAAUUAAAUAUCACCGAGGAUGGUAUUGUUUACACAAAAGGGGAGAUGAGUCAGUUGCUGGAUGCUAUUGAUGACGGGAACAAGAGCUCAGGGGGGCUGACGCUCAGGUGCAGUGCCUGGGCCUUGCUUGGUUUCAUCCGCUUCACCGGUGCAUACUACAUGUUGCUCGUUACGAAAAGGAGCCAGGUGGCCCUGCUCGGGGGCCAUUAUGUCUAUCAGAUUGAUGGAACAGAACUGAUCUCGUUGACGCCCUCCGCGUCCUCCCGAACUAAGCAAUCAGAGAAGAACCCAGAGGAAGCGAGGUAUAUCGCUAUUCUCAACAACCUCGACCUGUCGCGGUCGUUCUAUUUCAGCUAUGCCUACGACAUCACGCGUACGCUCCAGCAUAAUAUUUGCCGGGAGCGCAAGGCUUACCAGGACGGGAUUCGAAAACCUCUCAAAGAGGACUAUAACACGAUGUUCAUAUGGAAUCACCAUCUUUUGGACCCUGCCGUUGCCAAAUUAAAGAAUCCCUACGACUGGUGUCUUCCUAUCAUACACGGCUAUGUUGACCAGGCCAACAUUUGCGUGUAUGGGAGAUUGGUAUAUAUUACCAUCAUAGCUCGACGGUCUCGGUUUUUCGCCGGUGCACGAUUUUUAAAACGAGGCGCAAAUGACCUUGGAUAUGUUGCCAACGAUGUCGAGACUGAGCAGAUCGUCUCGGAAAUGAUGACGACCUCGUUCCAUUCUGCCGGUCCAAGUCUUUAUGCCAAUCCUCGUUACACAUCAUAUGUACAACAUCGCGGGAGCAUUCCUUUGUAUUGGACUCAGGAAAACACUGGUGUCACUCCCAAGCCGGACAUUGAGUUGAACUUGAUCGAUCCGUUUUAUUCUGCGGCAGCACUGCACUUUGACAAUUUGUUCGAGAGGUAUGGUGCACCAAUCUAUGUGUUGAAUCUGAUCAAGGUGAGAGAGCGAACGCCGCGUGAGUCAAAAUUGUUGAAAGAGUUUACCAAUGCUGUCAAUUAUCUUAAUCAAUUUCUACCGGAGGACAAGAAGAUUAUCUACAAGUCCUGGGAUAUGAGUCGAGCAUCUAAAAGCCGGGAUCAGGAUGUGAUUGGGACGCUGGAAAAUAUUGCAGGCGAGAUCAUUCCAAAGACUGGCUUAUUUAGAAAUGGCGACGAUGCAGCGUCCGGCUUACAACUGCAGAACGGUGUUGCGAGAACUAAUUGUAUCGACUGCCUUGAUCGUACCAAUGCUGCACAAUUCGUGAUUGGAAAACGUGCUCUCGGCCAUCAGCUUCACGCUCUGGGCAUCAUCGAUGGAACAACAGUCGAAUAUGAUAGUGAUGCCGUUAAUCUAUUUACGAAUAUGUGGCACGACCACGGAGAUUCGAUUGCCAUUCAGUACGGAGGUUCACACCUUGUCAAUACCAUGGAGACAUACCGCAAAAUCAAUCAGUGGAGUAGCCAAUCGAGAGAUAUGGUGGAGAGCUUCAAGCGAUAUUACAACAACUCCUUUCUUGAUGCUCAGCGUCAAGAGGCAUACAAUCUAUUUCUUGGUAAUUAUAUUUUCUCUCUUGGACAGCCUAUGCUCUGGGAUCUCUCCACGGACUAUUACCUCCAUCACGCCAAUCCCAGACAUUGGGCUAAGAUGAAGAAGCCCAACUACAUACGUUGGUAUACGCCGGAAUAUUUGAGGGAGAGAGAGAUGCCCCCACGGCCUCAAUAUCCAAAGGAACCUUUAUCUCAUAUCGACGACUACUGGCUUGAAUAUUACAGACCGUUGGCCGUGACAUCCUUUUCCAAGGUCUUCUCGUUCAAGAUGAACUCAACCCUCCAAUACCUCCCAACCCACGGCGGGCUAUAUGACUUUAGUCCGUUCGUCCCUCGGGUUCAGCACGAAAACGUAAGCCGAGAACGACAUCACCCUCGAAGCGUCAAGAUCCAAGAACCGCCUGAUAGCAUGAGUUAUCACUAUAACAGCUCACGGCAGGAGGCUCCUACGUCUAUUUAUGCUCCACCCGCCGCACCAGAAAUGCCGAAUCGGACAAAAAAUGGCUGGCUUAAUCUCCCACCACCAGCGGGUAUCAGGAAAGAAACGGCGAUAUCUGGAAAGACAGAACAGGGAAAUGAUAAGAUACCUUUGAUGCAUUCACCUGCAGAAACAAAAGUACUGAGUAAAGCCCAGCUCGCUCAAUGGGCUCUCGGUCAACUGGUGGCUGACUCUCUUAACCCAUCCGUCACCGCUGCCGAGGCAGAGGAGUAUGAACGCUACGUCAACCAUCCUCUCAAGGUUCCGCUGGUCGUUACGUCUGAGGACGAAAUUACCGCCGCGGCCAUCCGCGAGCAAGGCUCCAAUCUCGAUCUUCUCGAAUACCUCAACAGCUGCAAAGUCCAGGAGAACAGUCUCGAGUUGACGGCCGAGGAGAACGUAGAGGACUAUAUCGAGUUCUUGAAUGUUUCCGAUGAAGGUCUGACGGUUGUCGCAGAGGAUUACUCUAAGAAACGGUAUAAACGCUAUCGGCAAUGGUUGAGGGGGAAGAGUUUGUUUAAACAGUGGAUUGACUCGUGAUGUUCAUGUGCAGUCCAUUCUUGUUUGGAAUGUAGAUAGAUACCCCUAUAUGUCUUGAAUGUAUCUGUUCGCAUGUUUAUUCUUCCUCCAAUUAAGCCGGGAAAAGCGGAAGAAGAGAUAGUAAG